AUGGAGAUUAAGACGUUAAUUUUUUUCAUAUCACUCACUUCAAUUCUAUCCAUGGCGUUCUCUAGGAGUACUCGAAGCAAUAUAACAUGGUGGUGCAGCAAUACUCCGCACCCGGAACCUUGCAGAUAUUUCAUGAGCCACGGGCACGGCGCCCACCGUUUCGCUCCGAAACACAUGACUCAGUUCCGGAAGAUAAUGGUUCGACUGGCCUUGGAUCAAGCCAUCAUAGCCGGAAAGAACACCAAGGGGUUCGGCCAUAGUUGUGAGAAUUGGAAGCAGAAGGCAGCAUGGAGAGAUUGUCUCAAGCUCUUUGAUGACACCAUUCAUCAACUCAACCGUACUCUACGAGACCUGGAGAGCAGCAGCAGGAAGAAGAUGAGUUGCAGUGAUUUCGAUGCACAAACUUGGCUUAGCACAGCACUGACCAACAUCCGAACAUGCGAAUCAGGGUUCAUGGAUUUCAAUGUUUCAGAUUCUCUCACUCCCUCGACAUCCAAUAACAUUUCCCAAAUGAUUAGCAAUAGCUUAGCUGUUAACGGGAUCUUCUUGCGUAGGAAAAAUCUUACUGAAGUUUUACCCCGUUGGCUCUCGAGGCUCGAUAAGCGGUUGCUGCUGUCUUCGACAACAAAAGCGAGGGCACAUCUUGUGGUGGCUAAAGAUGGUUUCGGAAAUUUUCGGACGGUUCAAGCUGCUUUAAAUGCUGCCGCAAAGAGGAAAAGGACUACCAGGUUUAUUAUAUAUGUAAAAAGAGGUGUUUAUCGGGAAAAUAUUGAGGUUUCCACUACUAACCUUAACAUUAUGCUGAUUGGAGAAGGCAUGAAACGUACAAUAAUCACCGGCAGCAGGAGUGUCGGCUCAGGUUACACUACCUACAGCUCUGCUACUGCUGGCAUCGACGGCCCUGGGUUCAUGGCUCUGGACAUGACAUUCAGCAACACAGCAGGGCCAUCAAAAGGCCAAGCAGUUGCACUCCGAUCCGCAUCUGAUCUCUCGGUCUUCUACAGAUGUGCCAUCCAGGGAUAUCAAGACACCCUCAUGGUACAUUCACAGCGCCAAUUCUACAGAGAAUGCUAUAUCUAUGGCACCGUAGACAUCAUAUUUGGCAAUGCAGCAGUAGUUCUACAAAACUGCUCCAUCUUUGCCAGAAGACCCUUAAAGGGACAGGCAAACAUGAUCACCGCACAAGGCCGAAACGACCCUUACCAGAACACCGGGAUCGCGAUCCAUAAUUCGAGAAUUUUAGCCUCAAACGAUCUCAAACCGGUGGUCGGUACAGUCAAAACAUACUUAGGGAGGCCAUGGCAGCAGUAUUCUCGGACGGUUGUCCUCAAAACUUAUCUUGACAUCUUAGUUAGUCCUUCGGGGUGGUCGAAAUGGGGCAAUUCUGACUUUGAACUUAAUACAUUGUACUAUGGGGAGUAUAAGAAUUAUGGACCGUCGUCUUCAACUAAAUGGAGAGUUAAAUGGCCUGGUUUUCAUGUUAUAACUAGCCCCAGUGUGGCAUCACGUUUCACUGCUAAUAGCCUUAUUGCAGGCGGAUCAUGGUUACCGGCCACUGGUGUGCCAUUCACUGCUGGCCUAUGAAAAUGUACUAUACAGACCAGAAUUGUCAUUAUUCAUUG